UUAUGGUGAAGAGUGAAUAACUAAUUAUAAGUGUUGAGUGUUCAUAAAAGUAAAAACUUCACAGACAUUGAAAACAUAUAUUCUUUGUGCUAUUAAAUAUUUGUAUAAUCUGUCAAAGAUUACUAUAGAUAGGAGUGUUCAUAAUGAGUUCAGGAUUUAUAUCUGAAGCUGAGAUUGCAGAACAGCGAAGAAUACGACAAGAAGAAUGGGAACGUGUACGAACUGCAGACCAACCAUUAGAAGCUCCAGAAGAAUCAUAUGAUCCAAGAUCUUUGUAUGAACGGCUACAAGAACAAAAAAAUAAAAGGGACACAGAAUAUGAAGAAGCACAUAAGCUAAAAAAUAUGAUAAAAGGUUUAGAUGAUGAUGAAGUGGAAUUUUUGGAUUUGGUAGAUAGAACAAAAUUAGAAGAAGAGCGUAAAAAAAAUCUUGAAGAAGAAAAAGAAAUGCGUGACUUCAAAGCUGCUGUUGCUUCAUUACAAGAAAAAUCGUUAAGUGAAAAAUUAAAACAAGAAUUAAAAAAUCCUCAAAUUGUAAAUAAAAAUGUUUCUUCUGGAAGUAGUCGUACUUCACAAUUAAAAUUAUUAGCUGGUGUUGUAGUUAAGCGACCUGAAAAACAAAAACAAGAUGUUACUCGAGGUGUUAAGAGAAAAAUAUCUGAUGAAAAUAAAGACACAUUGAAAAAGGAAGAUUGUGAAAUAAAUGAACAAAUAGUCACUGAAUGUGAAUCUACAUUUAAAAGUGAUACUUUACAACAUGAAGAUAUAACACGAGAAGCAGGAGGCAUGAAAUGUAUUGGAAUUUUACCUGGCCUUGGUUCUUAUGAUGAUUCUAGCGACAGUGAAUGUAGUUCAGAUACAGAUCAAGAUCCAGAACCAAAUCAUUCUAAAUAUGAUUUGUUAGGUCGAAAAAUAGAAAUUUUAAAAGACAAAGAAAAAAGCUGA